CAAAACUGGAAACACGUUUUUGGUCAAAUAAAAUUGAAUUUCUUUAAUUUCUAUAUUCGGUAAAUCGGAAGUAACUCCUCAAAAAAUGGGUCGAAAGGAUAAAAACAAAAAGAAAGGAUUGGGAGCGGAGAAAACCUCGAUGAAGACGGAUAAAAAAGCAAUCGCGAAGCAGAAGAAGUUACUAACGAAACUUGGCGAGGAAGACAUCGAAAACAUUGUCGCCAAGUAUGAGACGAAGGACACCAAGUCGUCGGAUCUGACCGAGAUCGUAUGUCCUCCUCCGACGGCCCGCGUUAACGUGGGUAUCUGUGCGCAUCCGGCCGAGCGAGAGGAGAUCUUUUUACACGGAGGCGAAUUCUACAAUGGCCAACAGACCACGAUCUAUGGAGACUUUUACUCGUACAACUUACCGAAGAAGGAAUGGAAAGCGCUGCGAUCCUCGAUCUGUCCAGCACCGCGCAGUGGCCACCAGAUGGUUUCGGUGGCUACGGAUGGAGGCCAGAUCUGGCUGUUUGGCGGAGAAUAUGCAUCACCCUCGCAGCUACAGUUCUAUCACUACCGGGAUCUGUGGGUGUAUCGUAUGGCCAGCAAGCAGUGGGAGAAGUUGAACGCUCCGAACGGACCAAACGCCCGAAGUGGUCACCGGAUGGUAGUGAGCAAGAAGAAGCUCUUUGUAUUCGGUGGCUUUCACGAUAACAAUGCCUCGUAUCGGUACUUCAACGACCUUUACGCCUUUUCCCUGGAGACCUACAAUUGGACCAAAAUCGAAACAAGCGGCAGCGUUGCUCCUCCGCCCCGGUCCGGUUGCUGUAUGGUUGCCACGGGUGACGGUAAAAUUCUGGUUUGGGGUGGCUACUCGAAGACGACGGUCAAGAAGGAGGUUGAUCGAGGUACGACACACACCGAUAUGUAUGCCUUGGUGCCGAAUGAUAAAAGUGAUGCGAAAGCAGCCGGGUCCAGCUAUAAGUGGACCAGUGUGAAGGCCGGUGGAAAGAAGCCAGCUCCCCGCAGCGGAAUGGCCGUCGCUAUGGCACAGAACGGCAAAGCGUACGCAUUCGGAGGUGUGAUGGAUACGGAGGAAGAUGAAGAGGAUGUAAAAGGUCUUUUCAGCAGUGAGCUGCACGUACUGGAUACUGCAGCCUCCACGUGGCGGAAGCUAGAAGUGGGCGCCAAGGCACGCAAGCCUGAGAAAGCCAAUUCGAAACCGGUAGAACCGGCAGAAUCUGCCAAGGUGGUUUCAGAUGAUGGUAUCUUCACCAUGACGGUUGGAGGUGCCAACAGUGGGGGCCCCAGUAGCACGGCUAAAAGUGGAGCUAGCGAUCUGGAUCUCGGUGGUCCUUCUCCUCGUAUGAAUGCCGCCAUUGUCGUGUGCAAAGGACAACUGUUCGUAUACGGAGGACUAUUCGAAACUGGCUCAAGACAGUAUACUUUAAGCGAUCUCUAUUCGCUCGAUUUACAUAAAUUGGAUGCCUGGAAAACACUGAUCGCCAACAGCUUGAACUCCAGCGAAUGGCUUGGCUCGGACAGUGAAGGAGAAUCUUCAAGCGAUGAAGAUGAUGACGAUGAUGAUGAUGAUGAUGAUGAUGAUGAUGACGAUGACGAUGACGACAGUUCAGAAGAUUCCUCCGAAAUGGACACGGAUUAAAUAAAAGAAACCGCUUUGAAGCAGCACUUUCCAAUCCAUAAGCAACAAGCGUUCUUCGUUUCUCAUCUACACAGGAAUACAGGAGUCACUCUUCUAUCUACAGCUAAGGUCUU